AUGGACCAGGGCCUUAUUAAUGGUCUACUGUUUCUUGAUCUCAAAAAAGCAUUUGACACUGUGGACCACAACAUACUCAUUUCAAAAUUAGAGCUUUACGGAGGACGAGGAAAAGCAUUACAAUGGUUUAUUUCAUAUCUGAGAGGGAGAAAGCAAGUUUGCAAAAUUAAUCACGAAAUAUCAGAUACAGCUACAAUUACUUGCGGAGUCCCUCAGGGUUCAAGUUUAGGACCACUGCUUUUCUUACUUUACAUCAAUGACUUACCAAAUUGCUUAAGGUCUACAAAAGCAUCAAUGUUUGCAGAUGACACUAAUAUAUCCUGUGACGGAAAAUUAGCAACUGACAUUCAACAAAAAUUAACUCAGACUUGA